AAAAUAACAAAGAUUGUUUUUAAAAGUAUUUAUAAGAGAACUCUGCCCUUAAGGCAUUUUAUACAAACAUAACUUGGCUGUUUUUAAUAUUAAGAGAACUCGGCCUUAAAGGCAUUUUAUACAAACCUUACAUGACUGUUUUUAAUAUUAAUAUUGUUUUUAAAGUUAAUAUUUAGACAACUCGGCCUUAAAGGGAUUUAUACAAUCAUAAAAUAACAAAGAUUGUUUAUACAAGUACUUAUAAGAGAACUCUGCCUUUAAGGCACUUUAUACAAACAUAACUUGGCUGUUUUUAAUAUUAAGAGAACUCGGCCUUAAAGGCAUUCAUAGAAACAUAACACAAAUAUUGUUUUUAAAAUUAAUAUUUUGAGAACUCGGCCUUAAAGGCAUUUCAUACAAACAUAAAAUGGCUGUUUUUAAUAUUUUGAGAACUCGGCCAUAAAGGGAUUUCAUACGAUCAUAAAAUAACAAAGAUUGUUUUUAAAAGUAAUUUUAAGAGAACUCGGCCUUUAAGGAAUUAAUACAAACGUAACAUAAAUAUUGUUUUUCAAAUUAAUAUUUAGAGAACUCUGCCUUAAAGGGAUUUCAUACAAACAUAAAGUGGCUGUUUUUAAUAUUUUGAGAACUCGGCCUUAAAGGGAUUUCAUACGAUCAUAAAAUAACAAAGAUUGUUUUUAAAAGUAAUUUUAAGAGAACUCGGCCUUUAAGGAAUUAAUACAAACGUAACAUAAAGAUUGUUUUUAAAAUUAAUAUUUUGAGAACUCUGCCUUUAAGGGAUUUAAUACGAUCAUAAAAUAACAAAGAAUGUUUUUAAAAGAACUCGGCCUUUAAGGAAUUUUAUACAAACAUAACAUAGUUGUUUGUAAUAUUAAGAGAACUCGGCCUUAAAGGCAUUUCAUACAAACAUAACAUAAAUAUUGUUUUUCAAAUUAAUAUUUAGAUAACCAGUAAAGCAGUAAAGGGAUUUCAUACAAUCAUAAAAUAACAAAGAUUGUUUUUAAAAUUACUAUUAAGCGAACUCUGCCUUAAAGGCCAACAAUAGAGGCUGAAUUUUAAUUUUUAUAUUAUAUAGAAAACUAACUAUAGCUUAAAAUUAUAAUAUUUCCUAGAUUCAAAUGAGGAACAAUUCUUGUUGGAGUCGAAAAAUGUUAAGAGAUUGCGCUUUUCCUAUGAAAAACUUACAGAUUUGUUGAUACCACGUGACUAGUGUAAUUUAAAAUAAAUACCGGAACGAUGGUACAUAAUUUUAUUGUGAUUGGUAAAAUGGUAUGUGUUGCAUCUGAUUUUUUUUUAUUAUUCUCAACUAAUACGCAGAAUGAUCUUCAGUUCAGGAACUAUUUCGGGUAGCAACUAACGAAACCAACGAAAGUUUACUGAUUCAUACAAGCUGUGUGUUAGGUUUGACUUACUACUUUCCCCGGUUUUUGGCUCUUCGUUGCUGGGUUUGUCCUAGUACUUACAUCAUGUCUCAUGUUGCCCUAACAACGAAGGCUUAGAUGCAGCACUUCAGUGCCCUAUUCCCGCCUCCUGAUGCUGGUAGUUCCAGGACUGAGUUUGGGGCCCCGAAGAAGCCUCGUACCAUUGGUGGCCAGUUCUUGCUGCUCCGCCGCUCAUUUGACUUUCUUGAAGCGUCAAGUACCAAUUACGGUGGUGAGAACAGGCUCAGGCUCAAGUCAGACACGUCCAUGAUGAUGAAAACCAUGUGGUGAAUACCUCACCUUCAAUGCAGGUGACCCGGCUGCAUCAGUUGACGCAUCCUUGUGUGAUGGUGAUCAGGAUUCAGUUGGGAAAAGUAUUUUCAGGAUCGCAGCCUUUCGUUUGUUGGGAAGUUUAUUAGUAUCCAUGAGCCCUCCACGGAGCCCUCGAGAUGGGGACAUCCCUUGGUGAGCAAGUGCCGUCAGAGACACUCGUGCGGUAUAUAGUCAGCGCGUAGACUGGCAGACGCACUCGCAAUAAGGUAGAAAGUACAGGGCUAUUUACAUCACAAUUCACAAGAAAAUGCUGCAAUAUCACCCAGACUUUCGUGCCACGCCAACGCAUUGUAUUUCCUGGGAUAUUUUUCAAUAACAUUUCCUAGGAAGGAUUAAGUUCCUUGUUUAAUUUUGGGGAAAUACGUGUAGUGAUGUAUAGAUUGGUGUGAACUGGAAGUGUUUUAUUUAUUUAAAUUUAUAAUAUAGUAAUAGUGUAGCAAGUUUGAUUCAUAACGAACAAAUGUACAAUACUAAAUAUAAAAUAAUAAUGCCAAUUUUAAAGUCCGUUAAAUCGAUAAAGCAACGUCGAAAUAUCAAUAAAAGUAAGUUACAAUUGUGUUACAUUGCUCAAUAUACCGUAAUGUUUCUGGUGCUACUAUUGAUUCAAAUGUGUAAUGGACUAUGGCGGAAUGGUAUUAUCCAUUAUAAUAUAUAUAAUAAAGAUUAUGACCUCCACUCGCAAGAUGAAAUUAUGUCGACAUUAUCAAAAUUACAAGAGGAAAUCUGUUUGAAAUUCUUCAUGACACCAUCUUAUAACAUGACAAAUGAGAAGAUAUUGUAUAUAAGUAAUCCAGAUAAGCUUAAAACCUGCUCAUCCCCAGAAUACGACUUUUCUAAAGAUGUUGUGUAUUUGCCGAUCGGAUAUAAAUGUAUAAAUCAAAAAGAUAUUGCCAGAUUGGUUAUUGACAUGAUACGGGCCAGUAUUCAGAAUUCUGUAUCGCCAGUGAAUAGCUACGAUCUUGUCAGACGAACGAACGAAUUUGAGGAAUCAAACAGACAGUCUCUUAUGUCGACAAUAGAUCGCAAUUAUAUAAACACACAUUACUAUGAAGAAUGUGGUGAAUCAAAAACGCCUAAAAGACGAAGCGGUGUUACAUCCAAAUUGACAAAAGAGAAUCUAAAUUAUUAUAAGGGCAAGGUAUGGCCGCUGGGUGUCGUUAUGUAUGGAAUAGAAGAGGAUUUACGUGGCACAGUUGAUCACAACGUUCUAUCAUUCUCUAUGGCUUCCAUAGAGUUGUCAACGUGUGUCGUAUUCCAAGAAAUAAGCCACGAUGAUGAUCUGUCACCUAAAAAUCUUGUAUGGUUCGGCAAACGUGGGCAAGAUAUUCCAUUGUUUGGAUUUGGAGAAGGAAAUCGGACACUAAAAUUAUCUUCUAUUGUGAACGGAGUACCGGGUCACAAGGGGCAUACUAUUAACAAUUUGAUGAGGAUUCUUGGUGUACAUAUGACCUCAAAUCGUUAUGAUCGAGAUAACUAUGUUACGAUUAAUUGGAAUAAAGUAGAAAUGGGUAAAGAGCAUUAUCUUGAGAAAGCCCCCGAAGAGUCCUGGUUGGCACAUAUACCUUACGACUUUGAUAGUGUUACACACGCACCAGCGAAUUAUAUGUGUAAUGCAUGUGAAUUAGGUGCUACGACUGUGCAGCCGAUACAGGAUCAUCUGUGGCAACGUACAAUGUCUAUGGGUCAUAAAACAGUACUAACGGAUGCAGACAUAGAAACAGUCAAUAUUAUAUAUAGCGAGGAAUGUCGUGGCCGAUUUGGAAAGCAUGAUAUUUCUAUAUAGACAACAAUACAAUACAUUUCUCUUUUCGGCAUAACUCAUAACAUUUUUUGGUAUAUAAUAU